AACAAGACGGAUUAAAUUGCUUUCAGCUUAUGUUUAGGUUAGUUAAUCUGUGAUUUCGAGACUAAUAUAUAAAGUUUCACUUGGUUGUGCUGAUAAAUCGAACCGCAAAUUUGUGCGGAUAAUUUUAAUUGCGCCUUCUGCAGAAUUUCUGUAUUAUGUCUGCCAAAGUCGAUAUUGACAAAUGCUAUGAUGUAGCUGUAAAACUUGCUCAAGAAGCCGGUGAGAUAGUGCGGUUCGCUAUUAACAAGAAAAAAAACAUAGAAACAAAGCAGUCAAAUGUAGAUCUGGUUACUGAGACUGACAAGCAAGUUGAAGAUUUGUUGAAGAAAGGAUUUAAGGAACAUUUUCCUGAUCAUUGUUUUAUAGGUGAAGAAGGAUCAACCAAUAUUGAAUUUACUGAUGCUCCUACUUGGAUUGUGGAUCCAGUUGAUGGUACCAUGAAUUUUGUUCAUAGUUUCCCUUACACUGCAAUAUCAAUUGGUUUGACUGUUGACAAAGAAGUUAUUCUAGGUGUUGUAUAUAAUGCAGUGUUGGAUCAAAUGUACACAGGUGUAAAAGGGAGAGGUGCAUAUUGCAAUGGAAAGAAACUUGAAACAUCUAAAACAAAAGAUCUUUCUCAAGCACUCAUUUUAUGUGAAUUGGGAAGCAGCAGAGAACCCGAAGUUAUGGAUCAAGUUUUUACAAACUUCUCUGCUAUUGCUUGGAAAGCACACGGCAUCAGGAUGAUGGGCUCUGCUGCAUUGAAUAUGUGCGCAAUUGCUAGUGGGCAUGCGGAUGGCUAUUUCGAAUACACUUUGCAUUGCUGGGACAUGGCUGGUGCGAAGAUAAUUGUUGAAGAAGCCGGAGGCAUUGUUAUUGAUCCUGAAGAAAAACCCUUCAACUUGAUGAAUAGAAGACUUAUAUGUGCCUCAUCCCCAGAGCUUGCUCACAGUCUUUCCGGAGAGUUGAAACAUAUGCAAUUUCCGCAUGAUUGAUGUUAUACAUUUAAAAUUGUUGUUACAUCUGGAAAAGUUUAUGUAUUUUGUUUAAAUUUUGUUAUUUUGUAUUUCAGUUAAUUUAAUAAUAAAAAUAAUAAU